AUGAACGAUCAUGGUAGGAAAUCGACUUGGACCACGCAAUUGUCGCCGUACCUGAGAGGUCUGAAGAUCAAGAACCUCAUGACAUCUCCUAAAUCACCAAAGUCGCCCAAAUCCCCAAAGUCGCCAAGACUUCUUGACGAGGACUCAUCGUUUCGAAUUAUACACACGCCCGACAGGCCAGAGCGGCCGAUAUCAAGACGGGCCAUUCCGAAUGACGAGCAAUGCAUGGAAUUCCUCAUGUCACUGCAGAGACAAGAGGAACACAAGAGGGGAGGCGUCAAGACGGGCCUCAAGAUGUGGCCGUAUCCGGAGGAACAGGAUGUGGAGGACCGCAGGUACCUCCGGAGUGUAAGGGUAGAGAGCGUGCACUUGGAAGAAGCUCGUCUAGCAAGGACCAAUUCCUCUGGUCCGGCAAAGGUCGUGGAAGUGGGCAGAAGCUCGACCAAGUCGACGAUGGCAUCACGGCGGUCAUACCACACCAGAACCCCCAAACCCCCAUGCGGUCCUUCGAUGGCCUUUGGCGGUGCCCCCCUCUCUCCGCCGCCUACUCUGUCCCGCAGUCAAUCACGAUUAAGCUUUCACACGCCCAAGGCUAACACAUCUCGCUGGUCCGAUGACAGCAUCGAGUCUCUAUUCUCGUCCGCUGUCUCCACUGUUGUCGGAGACGAGUCCGUCGGCUCGUACUCGCCUCCGCUCCUGACACCGGUAAAAGACCGGCCGGCAACCCCGUUUACAGACCCCCGCCUUCGUGCGACAUCCGAACCGAUGACGCCUCCGCCAUCAGAUCACUUGUUCAACCAGAUGAACAUAAGCCCGGAGCCGGUGCCGAGGAAGUACUCAUGGCGCUCGUCCAAGGAUACCAUUCUCAACAUGGGGCCCGAUAUCGAGAUUCCAGGGACAACAGCUGGGGCAGCAGCAGCAGCAACAGCAACAAACAACCAGGCUGAGCCGGAAGUCUACGGCGAGUGGGCGGACUAUUACUUUGAUGGCAAUUUCUGGGAAGACUAUUCGGACGGCGACGAGGAAGGAGACGAGACUAGAGUAGAGGAAGAGGAGGAUGGCGACGCCGUUUAUCCGCGUUACGAGAGUUUCAUCAAGGAUUACAAGAACAACGUCAUGAAUAUCACGGUUAUGGAGGUGUGA